UUUUUCCUUAAGAAUUAUCAUAAUCAAGGAUUAUUGCAUAUUCUUUCUAUGCCCAUUCAUUAGUGUUCUUUUAUUUAUAACCACACACACUUUCCCUUGCACCACUUCAUUCAUCCACAUUCUCAUAACUACAAUAUACAAUACAAUAACAAAAGAAAAGAAAGAAGCAAGAUGCCGAAGAAGGUUCAGAAAACCCUUCAAGACUACCUUGCUAAGGUUAAAAGCCCUCGCCAUUCAUCACAAAACCAGUCACAGAAACCGUUUAACUCGUUUUCAUUUUUCUCAUCCAAAAACUGGAUCAUCGCAGCAUGCAAGCACCCAAGGACACCUUCUUUUGCCUUUGAUGAUUCUCACGGUGGUGGUCGCGGCGGCAACAACAGCAACAACCACAAAGACGAUGCGGCCACCCUAGCCGACGUUGAUCGCUUCCUCUACGAGAAUUUCAAGUCUCUGUAUUUCAGAGAAGGUGAAGAAAGCGAAGACUACAACACCAGCAACAAAAGAGUAGACUCAUCGGGACAGAUCCAACACGAUCAAGGUGCAAAACUAAUACCGAUGUUCGAUUCAUUGAGGUUGGCGGAAACACCACGCGACCUCGGUGGAUCGAACAGAUUCUUCGUGAAAACUGGUUUGUCGGGAUCACUGUUCCUGGACGAUGGUUUAACACGAAGUGGUGAUGAUCAUCACUAUGCAGGAUCGAGCUCAAACUCGACUGUAACGAACACCGAUUCAUCUUCGAAUGAUGAGAAUCAUCAUGAGAAUGAGAAGCUCCCUGAGAAUUGCAUCGCUCUGUUGAGAAGCAGUUCGAGCCCGUACGAGGAUUUUCGGCGCUCCAUGCAGGACGUGGUGGAAGCGAGGUUCAAAAGCCAUGGAAAGGUAAUUGAUUGGGAGUUCAUGGAGGAGCUAUUGCUUUCUUACCUUAGACUAAACGAGAAGAAGUCGCACAAGUUCAUACUCAAUGCCUUCGUGGAUGUCACCGCUGCCAUGCGUCCGAAUUCUGAAAUGACGGAUCCCCAUCCCCGGAGCGUUCGAACUGUUAGGUUUGGUAGCGGAGUAACCAAGAAGACCAAAGAAUUUAACUUAGAAUUUGGGUCCUCUAAUUCAUGAUUUUUCUUAAAGUGAAAAUUCACUUGCAGCUAUAGUAGUUGCUAGUCGAAAAUCUUUAGAUGAUUUGACAUUAUUUGACAUAAAUACAGCUGCAAGUGAAUUGUCACAAUUUUCAUCAUCACGUUUUAAGAAAACGUGGAUGAGUGAUGAGUUUCAAGUUUAGUAUUUUUCCUGUUUAAUUCCUCCUUAGGAAUCGCAUGCUGUAAGCAAUAAUACCAUGUGAUUUUGAGUGGUCCGGAAGAAAAAUGAUCACUCUCCUCAUAACUUUGUGAUUUAACUCUGAAGUAUUUUUCGGUAAGACAUCACUGUUAUUGAUGGUGAAAUUGCCUAUAUCAUGGUCCCCUUGCAUUACAAUCGAACACUAUUCUUUCUUGGAGAAGAUAACGUUGUUCCGGACGCUACUUAGUAUCGUAUUAACAAUAGGAAAUAAGGUACAGAUACACAUGAAGCGAUAGUGAAAGAAUUCUACUUUGUAAUCCUAAAACACAAAAUUCUAUAGUUUCUUAUUGAAAACUGUGCUUUAA